UAUUUAAGUUUAAAUAUGGAAUAUAAAUAAUAUAAAUAGUAAUGCAUUAUCAGUCAACAAAAGCACACACACACACACACACACACACACACACACACACACACACACACAUAUACAGACAGGAUUUGUUAAGAGCGAGAGAAUAAUGUUACAUGGAAGGAUAAUUUUCCAUAUUCAAGCAAAACAAAUUACAAAAAGUAAAUGUUAAUACAAAUACAUAUUUUUACUAUGUGAAGAUAAAUAUAACACGCGAAAAACACAAUUUAGACAUUAAUUAUAAUUUUUCAGAAACUGAUGUGUUUUUCAACUUGCACCUGACGUUGAAUUUUCAUCGCAGUAUUGAAGAAAAAGUAUGUCGUAAAGACUUAAGACUGAAGGCAAAUUUGGUCUUUAUAAUUCUUCAUGUAUUGCAAACCAAAACUGCAGAUUAACAUAUAAAGAAAAAGUGCAGAAAAUAUAAAUUAAUGCAAUGAAUUAUUUAUUAAAUACAAAUCGUAAUAUUUUUUUAUACUGAUAAUACAAUGAACAACGAAUAUAUAGAGUUAAAUUGCCGUUAUUUUAAGUUAUUAGAAGAAUGCAAGUUGUUUAAAACAGUUGAUAAACAUGGAUUAUAAUAAUAUUUGAGGAAAUAGACACUUAGGCAAGAGGUGAAAUCGAUUCCUUGAAAAAUAAUACGUUUUUAAUGAAGACUCUAGAAUUUCCCGAAACAUCACCGUAUCUGAAUAUUAUAAAAAUGUGAUAUUAUAUGUAUAGGUAUAUGAAAACAUUAAAACAAACCCGAAUGAAAUUUAACGAAAACUGGAAGAAGAAUCUUUCCUCGAACUUGAAAGAGAGAAACAUUGAUCGAAUCGAUUAAUCAAUUAAUUAAUUAAUGUGAAUAUAUAAUAUAUUACAUUAUAUAACAAACCAAGGGAGCUUAGUAUCGGAGUUCAGCCUUGAUGAUACGAACUGCAAUGACUGCGAAAUUUCGCCAAGCUGUCAUAGAACGCAGUAUCUAUCCAGAAGAAUCACUGACCAUAUCGUUUCGUGGAUAUGCAUGCUUAUGUCUUGGAACGAGCGGCUACUUAUAAUGACUGUACAGUGACAAGUCACAAAGAUGAGUCUGAAUAAAAUUGCUCCCUUUUACUAUUCGAUGAAAGGUGAUAAAGCCGAGGACGAUAAAUUGUUGGAACCGGUCAACUAUAUUCUUCAAGUUCCUGGGAAGCAGAUCAGACAAAAAUUAGUACAGGCAUUUAAUUAUUGGUUAAAGAUACCAGAUGACAAGAUACAAACAAUCGAAGAAAUUGUGGAAAUGUGUCACAAUUCGAGUCUUCUAAUUGACGAUAUUCAAGAUAACUCUGUUUUGCGUAGGAGCAUUCCUGUCGCUCAUUCUAUUUAUGGAAUCCCUGCUGUGAUCAACACCGCAAACUAUAUCAUCUUUAUUACUUUAGAAAGAGCUAUUAGUCUGCAACAUCCUGCAGCAGCAAAAAUAUUUGCGGAGCAAUUAUUGGAACUUCACAGGGGACAAGGAAUGGAAAUUUAUUGGAGGGACCAUUUCAUCUGUCCGAGUGAGGCUGACUACAAAACUAUGAUAAGAAAAAAGACUGGUGGGCUUUUCACUCUGGUGGUAAGAUUAAUGCAACUAUUUUCAUCUUACAAAGAAGACUUUUCGACGCUGAUAACUAAUUUAGGAUUAUAUUUCCAAAUACGCGACGAUUAUUGCAAUUUGUGUCUUAGUGAAUACACAGAAACUAAGAGUUACUGCGAGGAUUUAACUGAAGGAAAAUUCAGCUUUCCGAUUAUCCACGCGCUUACAACCAAUCCCGACGAUAGGCAAAUAAGAAAUAUUCUGAGACAACGACCCAAAGAGAUCGAAGUGAAACGUCACUGCGUUCAAUUGUUGGAGAAGUUUGGCUCUUUUGAGUAUACGAGAAGAGCGCUCGAAGAAUGGGAUGCAAAAACGAGGAUUGAAAUUGAACGUCUUGGUGGAAAUCCGCUCUUGAAAAAAAUUUUAGACAGCCUGAAAAACUGGAACUAAAAAAUCUGUUAAUUGGCCUAAAGAUCUGUUAAUUGGAAUAAUUUUAAGUUUUAGAUCGUUUGUAUAUAUCUGUGUUACAUGCAAUCAAGUAGUGCAAGAGUUUUUAGUUUGCUUAUAGAAUUUUUUAAUGGAACGUUACUAUUUUACAAUCAGAAUUAAAUGAAACAAUUAGCAUGCUUUGUUAUAUUUGGAGAAAGGCUCUGUUUGUUCUGUAAUAUAAAAAUUGAUGAAAUCUUCUUCAGCUUUUUCGUAAAUCACAGAAAAGGAUACUUUCAAGAAAUGUUUAUUAGCAAUAAUGACGUGUGUACAAUAAUUUAAUUUUAACAUACCGGAUGAUCGUCUUAUCAAGAAAUUUUACAGUUAUUUGUACGUGUCCAUGCGAUUACAUAUUGUACAUUUGUACCUGUUAUGUGUGUUCUGAAGUACAUGGUAUAUAGAAAA